AUGGUUCGUUGCAGCAACAACCUCGUCGGGAUACUAAACUUCGUCGUCUUCCUCCUCUCGAUUCCGAUCUUAGCCGGAGGGAUCUGGCUAAGCCAAAAAGGCUCGACGGAGUGUGAGCGUUUCCUCGACAAACCCGUGAUUGCUCUCGGUGUCUUCCUCAUGGUCGUAGCGAUCGCCGGUUUGAUCGGUUCCUGUUGCAGAGUCACGUGGCUUCUCUGGACUUACCUCUUCGUCAUGUUCCUCUUGAUUCUCGUCGUCUUCUCUAUAACGGUUUUCGCCUUCGUUGUGACGAACAAAGGAGCAGGAGAGACUGUUUCAGGGAGAGGUUAUAAAGAGUAUAGGCUCGGAGAUUACUCUAAUUGGUUGCAGAAACGUGUCAACGAUGGUGGAAACUGGAAUAAGAUUAGGAGUUGUCUUGCUGAGAGCAAAGUUUGUUCUAAGCUUGAAGCUAAGCUUAUUGAUGUUCCUGUCAACAAUUUCUACAACGAACACCUUACUGCUCUUCAGUCUGGUUGCUGCAAACCCUCAGAUCAAUGCCAGUUCACAUACAUAAGCGCCACAAACUGGACAAAGACAGCAGGAACACACCCAAAUCCAGACUGCCAAAUCUGGGACAACGCACCGGAGAAGCUCUGUUUCGACUGUGAAUCUUGCAAAGCCGGUCUCCUGGACAACGUCAAGAGUGCGUGGAAGAAAGUUGCGAUCGUCAACAUCGUCUUCCUCGUCUUCCUCAUCAUUGUCUACUCUGUUGGUUGCUGUGCUUUGAGGAACAACAAGAGAGACAACGGCUAUGGCCAUACUGGAUAUAAGCCUUGA